AAAAGCUGCCAGGAAAUCAAGAAGUUUGGCAAAUCACAAGGCGAUGGUGUGUACUGGAUAGACCCGGAUGGAGGAAACCAUUCCAAUGCAUUCCAAGCUUACUGUGACAUGACGUCAUACGAAGGAGGAUGGACUAUGUGUUACACCACCAAGGAAUACGCCAAACCCAAAACGGAAGUCGCUUACCGCCCCCAGUUUCCUUAUAGUAAAGACGGGUACAGGACGAACUGCAACAACAUCCCAGUAAGCUGACUAUAAAAAUCUGCUUCUGUAGUAAAUUUGUCUGUAGAUCUAACCGUAAUUUGUUUGGAAGUGAUCUCUAUAGACAUCAUACUGAAUAAGUAGUUGUCAUUUUGACUCAUAAAUGCGUUAGUAAGCAAUCCGUAUGUUUAGCCUGCGGGCAGGCUCACUCGUUCGAAUUCGGAGAAAAUUAUUUCCAGCGAGGAAAAAAAACUGUAAAUAAAACUAAACGGCAUUUGAGGCAAAAGUAGUGCAGGCCUACAGACGCUUUUUAUCAUUAAGUUUGAUGUGUGAAUGUUUGUGCCGCGUGUCCAUGGUUUUUGUCAUGAUUAUGUUGCCUGUCGACGCCUGUGUCUUUUAACUAAUUAGAUUGCUGCGUUCGUCAGCGAACGCAGGGUAUUCAAAAAUCAAUAGCUUGCGUGCAGGCUCACUUUUCCUAGGCCCAUUGGCGGCUGCGCCGCCAAAAUAUUUCCCCGAACUCGCACAAGUGAGGCAGGCUAUCGUAUGUUGAGGCCAUUGCGAACAACAGCAGAAAUCGGCCUAGUCCCUAGGCGUUCUCUCUUGCCGUGUUGUCCGCGCGAAGUCUGGGAAAGAGCGGGCGAGUAUCUCUCGGUGACGUCACAGCUCACGAUAGAGUCCCGGAUUGACCGCGCCGAGAACGCCUAGGGACUAGGCUGAGCAGAAACGAUUCCCUGUGUAACUAUAACCUGCGAACACAGACGUAUUUCUGAUCGUCGCUUCUCUCCAUCCGAAAAGCAACGGGUAAAGAGACGCGACGACCGGAAAUAGGUCUGCGUUCGCAGGCUACCAGGCUAUGCCUUUGUUUGAGCUGAUUGUGCUGAUUGAUUCUUGAGUCUGAGAACGUCUAUACACUGCCCACGACCGUCUAUACCUGAAUGCGACAUCCGUCACAUUAAUACCUGGACAAUCUGGACAACUCGCUAUCCUGUUGUGGCCUUUCCCUUUUUUUUUCGUUUAGCGUCGAACGCGUUUCCUGAUAUUGGGUCGGUCGGUUGGAUUGAAAUUGAUUGGGUCGGUCAGACGACGCUAAACGGAGAAAAGAGGAUGGCCUUUGGAAGUCAGGGCUAAGUUAGAGGAUAAAGUACGGUGAUAACUCCUUGGUUGUACUUACAUAUUUGCUUUUCUUCCAUUUUUUAAAGUUUUCUGAAAUAAUAUUCAUCGAUCAUCAAAUGGGUAACAAAGCUUACUUCAAACGACGUUCACAUUCAUCUCUAACAGCGGCAUCUAACGGCUAUGACAAAUCAGCAAGUGCAAGUACAUAUGGAUUAUGGGACGGAGAGGGAGUAAACAAGAAUUAUUCCUAUCAACUGCUGAUUUGUGAUGAUGAUUUCUACUCUGGGUUUUUUGUUUCGGGUUACACGAACUGUUUCAAGAGAUGUGUCCACUGGUGUGGUGACUAUAUAACACCAUACUUCCGAACAGCAUCCACCGAUCCAAAGUACAAAGGAGUGGCCUUCAAUAUCAAUGGUCAUUAUCCCCACGUGGUGGAAAAAAGGCUGAUCAGUGUUGGCCUCCGCUAG